UCCAACCCAGCUCCCCGCGCGACCAGACGCGGACGCAUGCGAGGCCACACCACCCCAAGCCCCAAGUAGCCCCCCCACCCGGCAAUGUCGGCGCACCUCCCGCCGCCCCACGGGUCCAUCCCCUUCCUCGCCGCCGGGGACGCCAAGAAGCCACACCUUGGAGCCGACCCAAACAAGAAGUUCUCCUGCUGCGGCGGCGACCACCACCACGCGAAGAAGCCCGGCCCCUCCGCCGGUAAGCUCGCGCUCGCGUCCUUCCUCGGCGUCAUCGUCCUCCUCGCCGUUGACGUCUCCCUCGCCGGCGCCGGCGCGCACCGCCGGCUGCGGCGCCAGUACCUGCAUUACGUUGGCGUCGGCGACGGCGGCCCCGCCAGCAGGGACGACUCGCUUUCUUGGCUCUCCGUGCCGGGCCAUCCCAACUUCACCGACGACCUCCUGGCGCGGUGGCUCGCGCCCGGGGGCUCGCCGUGCCGGGACGCUCGCACGGCGAACAUCUCCGUCGCGGUUCUUGACGACGCCGCGGCGAGGGGAGAGCCGACCGCGCUCGGCGCCGCUGAGAUCCACGAGUUCACGUUCUGGGCGCUGGACGACGCCGGCCAGCGGCGCUGCCUCGGCGGGGACUACUUCGAGAUCGACCUAUCCGGGGACGCGUGGAAGUCGCGGCCCCCCGUCGUGGACCACGGCGACGGCUCCUACUCCUUCCGCCUCCAGGUCGCGCCCCGCUUCGCCGAGGGGAAUUUCCACCUCACCGUCGUCCUCCUCUUCCGCAGCUUCGAGGGGCUCAAGUUCUCCUCCGCGAGGUUCAAGUACCGCACCGAGCUGCGCCGCAUCCCCCUUCUGUUACGGUGGAGCAACGCGUCGCUCCAGGCGCUGGAGACGUGCAGCGCCGCCGACUUCGCGCGCGACGCCUGGUCCGGCCGGUGGACGCGGCUCGCCAAGAACGACAACUGCGAGGACGUCGACGCCGCCGGCCGAUACCGGUGCCUGGAACCGGAGCACCCGUGCGAGGCGCCGUGGUGCGACGGGCCGCUGGGCUCGUUGGAGAGCAACGGGUGGGUGUACUCGGCGCACUGCUCGUUCAGGCUCUUCGCGGCCGACGCGGCGUGGCGGUGCCUGGACGGUAAGUGGCUCUUCUUCUGGGGCGACUCCAACCACGUUGACACCAUCCGCAACCUCCUGACCUUCGUCCUCGGCGUCACGGACACGUCCGCCGUGACGCGCCGGUUUGACGCCGUGUUCGCGAACCCCAACGGCCGGCCGGGGUCUCUGAGGAUCACGAGCAUCUUCAAUGGCCACUGGAACAUGAGCAUGAACUACCUCGGCCUGCAUUCCCUCCGGAACAGGGAGUUCCGGCAGCUCAUCCGGUCCUACUUCAUGUCCGGUGACCGCGUCCCAGACGUUGUGGUCCUGAACUCCGGCCUGCACGACGGGUGCUACUGGACCAGCGUCCGCGCGUAUGUGCAGGCGGCCGAGUUUGCUGCACAGUUCUGGUCCGGUGUCAUGGCCAAAGUGCGGGCUCGUGGGCACACCGUGCCGAGGGUGUUCUACCGGACUACGGUGGCGACCGGGGGUUAUGCUCGGGACCUGUCAUUCAAUCCAAGUAAGAUGGAGGCGUUCAAUGGCGUGCUCGUUGAGAAGAUGAGGCGGCACGGGGUGCUCACUGGUGGGGUGAUCGACAAUUUCGACAUGACGUUCCCAUGGCACUACGACAACCGUUGCAAUGACGGUGUGCACUACGGGCGUGCACCGGCGAAGCUGGUGUGGCGCGACGGCAAGAUCGGGCACCAGUACUUCGUGGACCUGAUGUUGGGACAUGUGCUUCUCAAUGCCAUCUGCAAUGGAUGAGAAUUGCUGGUCCCAUGCUCUGUAAGGUUUUGGUGCUGAAUCGUGUAAAGUAGAUUAGAAUGAUCAGGGAGCUGAAUUUGUGGUUCCGGAUAUGAGAGAUUACCACAUUGUAUUGCAGUUCAUUUGUAAAUCCGAUGGGGGAGGGAGGGAGGUUUAGCUGAAGCAUUUUGCAUGAUCAAAAUCUGAUCUUUCAGCUAUGUUACUGGCCUGAUCUUGCUCUAGUAAGCGAGGAAGAUCGAGUUCAGCUAGCUAUGAGUGAAAAUCAGGCACAUAUAAAUAUAUAGCAAUACUGUUUGAGUAGGCAUAAUGCUGUAAAAAUUUAGUAGAUCUUAUUAUAUUGAUCUUCGGUGAUAGGCUACUAAUUUACUAUCUUAGUCAAUGUUUGGUUGUUCAGUGUUCGUGAUUUUGUGGUUUGCAACU